AAUAAAAAUAAUAAUGGACUUGAAAACGAUGAAAUUGGGUUGUUGGGCUUGAGCAGCUAAAAGUGUUGGCGCGAAUAAAGUUCCAGUCCGCUUGGUUACGUCAGCACGCUUCAUUUCAAAAACCGCGCCAGAUCCAAAACUGAUCUAUUCUGCUCUUCCUCCAAAAUCAAUCAGUCUCUCUUUCUCUCUCAGUCGGAGGAUGCCGGUGAAUCUGACGGCGCACGCGAUCCCGGCGAUCGUAGCAGGCGACGUUAACUCGAAGCCACUGUUGCAGGUUCUGGAAAUCAAGUUGAUUUCGAACAGCAAGCAGCAGGAGAGGUACCGGCUUCUGCUAUCCGAUGCGGUUUCUUCUCAGCACGCUAUGCUUGCCACUCAGCUCAACGAUCGGGUCACAACCGGACACGUUAAGAAAGGUUCAAUCGUUCAGCUCAUCGAGUACAUUUGCAGUCCUAUUCAAAACCGCAAGAUUGUUGUGGUGCUGAACAUGGAAACUAUAAUACCAGAAUGCGAGAUCAUUGGAAAUCCAAUAUCAUUUGUGGAAUCUGAUUUACCAUCCCAGGGUGGUUCACUAAGUAAUACAAUGCAGAACUUGUCCAAGAGUAGUUAUUAUCAGCUGCCACCGCAAAAUACAAGUUAUAAUGUCGAGAAUUUCCAGCUGCCACCGAAGAAUGCAAGUUCCUAUGUGCAAAAUUCCCGGCCAACUGUUCAAACUGCUUACAAACCGCCACCAGUUUACAAAGGCCAAGGUGCAAUUCUGAGGAAUGAGGCCCCAUCACGUGUUAUUCCUAUAUCUGCUCUGAAUCCUUAUCAAGGUCGGUGGGCCAUCAAGGCAAGGGUGACUGCAAAGGGGGAUCUGCGCCGCUAUAAUAAUGCCCGGGGAGAUGGUAAAGUCUUCUCCUUUGAUCUCCUUGACUCUGAAGGUGGUGAAAUACGAGUGACCUGUUUUAAUGCUGUUGUUGAUCGAUUCUAUGAUGCGAUUGAGGUUGGAAGAGUUUACUUGAUAUCUAAAGGUAGCCUGAAACCUGCACAGAAGAACUUUAACCAUUUGAAGAAUGACUGGGAAAUUCUUUUGGAGUCGACAUCAACUGUUGAACUUUUCCCCGAGGAAGAUGGUUCUAUACCUAAACAGCAAUUUUCGUUUAAACCUAUCAAUGAUAUUGAGAACGUUGACAAUAACUCCAUACUUGAUGUUAUUGGGGUUGUGACUAGUGUGAAUCCAUCAGUUCCCAUCUUGAGGAAGAAUGGAAUGGAAACCCAGAAAAGAAUUUUGAAUCUGAAGGACUGGACUGGAAGGAGUGUUGAACUGACCCUUUGGGGUGAAUUUUGCAACAAGGAAGGGAAAAAUUUGCAAGAAAUGGUCGAUGCUGGAUUGUUUCCCAUUCUGGCAGUCAAAGCUGGGAAGGUCAAUGACUUUAGUGGAAAAUCCAUAGGGACUAUCUCUGCCACACAGUUUUUCAUAAAUCCUGAUUUUCCUGAGGCACGUAGCUUAAGAGAAUGGUUUGAUCGAGUGGGAAAAGAUUCUGCUUCUCUGUCCAUUUCUAAGGAUAUCAUACCCGGAGGAUCUAAGAAUGAUGUACGUAAAACUCUGUCUCAGAUCAAGGAUGAAGGUCUUGGGCGUUCGGAUAAGCCAGAUUGGAUAACAGUGAGGGCAGCUGUAUCUUUCAUCAAGACAGAUUCGUUCUGUUACACAGCUUGCCCUCUGAAGAUUGGAGAGCGACAGUGCAAUAAGAAAGUGACCAAAUCAGGAAACUCGAGGUGGCAGUGUGAUAGGUGCAACCAAGAGUUUGAUGAGUGCGAUUACCGGUUUCUUCUUCAAGCUCAAAUUCUGGAUCACACUGGAAUUGCUUGGGUAACUGCUUUUCAGGAAACAGGGGAAGAGAUUAUGGGCUUCUCUGCGAAGGAAUUGUACUUAUUGAAGCAUGAGCAAGAGGAUGAUGAGAAGUUCAUAGGAAUAAUCAAGAGUAGACUGUUCAAUGAGUUUGUCUUGAGGCUGAAAAUCAAAGAGGAAUUAUAUGGUGAUGAACAGAGGUUGAAGAUUACAGUAGCAAAGGCAGAUAAGGUGGAUUACUCUUCGGAGUGUAAGUACGUGCUUGAUUUGAUUUCGAAAUUCGGUAGGCAGUAAUUGACUAAUUGUAAUCUGAAUUCCGCCAUGUUUCUUCAAACACAACCCCCUCUACCACUAUUAGCGAUUUAGCGUUCAAUUUAACAUAGAACCAGUCAGCAUGAGAGACGGGUUCAUUACAAGGUUGAGAUUUAGAUACUAAUUCAAGUUCUGAAUUUCUGCAUUUCAUGAUUGGGAGAUAUGCCUUAGUAUGAGAUGAGAUAUGAAGGUAAUAUAAUAUUUGACAAUUAUCAUUCUGCAGUCUAACUUCAAAAUUUCUAAUAUUAUAUGUAAGAGUGUUAUCUACCUCGCGUAUGCUUAUAGAUUUGUUCCCAU